AUGCCUUGCAUCAUAACGCCAUGGAUGGAGAAUGGUACCUUGCUGGAAUUCGUCCAAGCAAACACAAAAGCCUGUAGGCGGUCUUUGGUCGUGCAAGUUGCGGAAGGGAUUCAUCACUUAGGUUCGUUGGAUAUCGUACAUGGCGACUUGAAGGCUGCCAACAUUCUGAUAGACAAGGGCGGAAAAGCCUAUAUCGCCGACUUCGGACUGUCAUUCUCCUCCAGCAAGUUCGAGAAGACAAAGGAAGGAAGUCUCGGACACUCUCCGUAUACUCCUCCGACUUCAAACAACCUCUUGACAGUACCGAAUACGUUGCAUAUAACUUGCAGCCGCUCAGGAGUGGGUAGCGCGCGGUGGAUGGCUCCGGAGCUCCUCCUUCCAGAGGCAUGGGGCAAGAUCAACGCGAAACCGACUUUUGCGAGUGAUAUAUUUGCAUUUGGGAUGGUCAUAUACGAGGUCGAGUCCCUUUCUUGCUCAUACUCGUCCUUAAUUGACGUUUGUGUCAAUAUCCAGACUUAUAGCGGAUCGGUACCAUUUCCCGAAUCGAAUAAUCAUAUGGCGAUGAUGUCCAUCCUCGAUGGACGGCGUCCGGCACGACCGAAGGGCAUCGCCAACGACCACUGGAUUCUCGCCGAGAAAUGCUGGAAGCCCGAUCCUUCUUUGCGUCCCACCACCGGUUCAGUUUACGUAUUCGUCCGCAACGGCGUUGCUCUACCUCAAAACUUCGUCGACGAAGACGAUACUUCUGGCGACUGGCGCGAAUUCGACCUGGAAGCGUAA